AAACGGGCGGACUGCACAAGUCAUAGAUCAUUUUACGUAAACAUUUUACUCAAAUGCUUUUUUUAAAACUUGUAAAAUGAUUAAAAAAAUAAAUUAUAAAAUGGUACUAAUAGUGGGUAUAAACAUACGGUGGCAUCUGGUGUCGAAAUACAUAAAUAAGAAAAUUUUUCAUUGGCAUUCGGCAUUGAUCGGCAUCAAUCGGCAUUCUUCUACCACAACUUCGUAAAUCCAUUUUGCCAUUUUCAUUUUUCCAUUUUUCACCAUUUUGUUUUUGUAACGUGUCUCGACUGGUUUAGACGUGUUCAGCUAAAAAAAAUAUAUUUCAACAUAUUUAACAAGUAUUUAGUGCCCCAAUAAUUUUAUUAAAAGUGUUAAUUAAUCUUAAAAAAGAUUAAACAAUCAGUGAACAAAAAAAAAAACAAACAAACAUUAAUAAAAAAACAAUAAUUGUGUUUAAUUUUCUAUAAAAUAUCAAAAAGAAAUAUAAAAAAUAACCAUGCCAGGCAAACGUAUGCGUAACGUUUCGGUUGCAUCAUCUACAUCCAACUCAAUAAGUGAUGAUGAAUCAAAUGAUUAUGGUUUGGGUGAAAGUGCUGGUUCCAGUAAUGGUUCUAGUGAUGGAUCAAAAAUAAUUGCACCACGUAAAGGUAGAAGACCAUCAUCACGUCCAUGUCCAUCUCACAAUGCAGCAGUUGCCAGAGCUAACCGUCAAAAGAAAAAAGAAUAUCUUGACAAACUUGAAAAUAAUUUGUCCAAUAGUGAGAAUAAAAAUCGUAAAUUAAAUAAUGUUGUUGCUCAACAAAAAAUUGAUAUUAAACGUUUAACAGCUGAAGUAUCAUAUUUAAAAAAUAUUCUCAACAACAAUAGUAGUAUAACAUCACUUCUUAAAUCUAUGAAUCAAGCACUUGGUAAAAAUAAUAAUAACAACAACAAUAUCAUCAUGAAUAAUAAUAAUAUUGAAUCUGAACAAACACCAGCACCAUUUAUUGAAGCAAAAGCUAAUAUAUUCGAUGUUGAAGGAAUAAGUGAUCCUUCAGACACUGAUUUAUCACCACUUGAAGGAGAUGAUAUGAUUUAUCCAACAGAAUCCAUGGAUAUUGGAUUUGAAGACAACGACUUUGACAAAUUACUUGCUCCAUCAUGCAACAAUCAAGGCAGUCUUUUGGAAGCUACUAAUCUCUUCGACAACCUCAACUCAACUGAUUUGUGUUGGGUGUGGCUGGAUCGUAUACGAACUUGAUGCUUGAUGGCAAUUUAUUA